UGAUACUUGUUACUGGUUUGAAAUAUCCUGAGAGCAGAUGUCAAUGGAAUAAUACAAGGGACACAAAAACAGCAUUUUUCUUGCAUCAUUGAGAAGAAAGAUACAAAAUGUUCCUUACAACCUUGAAAAAAUAUGCUUUUUUCUCGGUAUCAACUGUUUAUUUUGCAAUGUUGUUCUUCUCCUUGGUUAAUUAUCGAGACCAUUGUAUCUUUACACAUCCAAAGACACUUUUAGACUUCAGUCAUUUGUCUGCCUCUAAUGUGCUGGAUAUAUGCCAACCAAAAUUAGAAAAACUAGAUGUGACCAAUAUAGACAUUGUAAAUGCAUUCCCUAUACCAGAAUUAGCAGAGAAGUAUCCAUUUGUCAAGAAGGGUGGACAUUUUAGUCCUAAAGAUUGUAAAUCGUACCAAAAAGUAGCAAUUGUUGUGCCUUAUAGAGACAGAUCACAUCAUCUAAAAAUUUUAUUGAACAGACUCCAUCCUAUGUUAUUUAAGCAACAGAUAGAGUACAGAAUAUUUAUAAUUGAACAGGCAGGAAAUGAUCGUUUUAACAGAGGAAAAUUAAUGAAUGUUGGAUUUACAGAAGCAUUGAAAUAUGAAAAUUUUGAUUGUUUUGUUUUCCAUGAUGCCGAUCUACUUCCAGAAAAUGAUAAAAAUCUGUACCUUUGUGAUAAUAAUGUCAGACAACUGUCGUCUGCUAUUGACGAAAUGAGAUAUCAUGUUAUGUAUUACAACUAUGCUGGAGGAGUUGUUGCCACAAAGAAGGAAACAUUUGUCAGAAUAAAUGGUUUUGCUAACUCUUACUGGGGAUGGGGGAAUGAAGAUGAUGAUUUCUCAGCAAGAUUACAGUCCUCAGGAAUUUUAUUGACAAGGCCACCUGAGUAUAUAGGGAGGUUUAAGAUGGUCAGACAUAAAAAAGAAACAAGAUCAGAACAUGGUUAUGAAGCAUUCCUUGGCUGGAGAGGUAGAUGGCAUAAAGAUGGGUUGAACUCACCAAAGACAAUGAAUUAUUCUGUGAUAAGUAAACAUGAUGAACUUCUCUACACAAAUAUAACUGUAGAUCUAGGACCAUCUAAAGGUCACAUGGUUAAUCCAGCUGAAGAUACAACAAAAGAGUCUACACUCUGGUUUUUGAGAUUUUAUUUCCCAUGAAGUAAACAAAGGCUGCAAAAAGAAAGGUAUCUUGUGAAAUACAAAGCAAAUUAUACAAAAAUACAAUGUAAAGUGCCAUAUUCAUUGAGAGGCAUUAUUUUACAUUUUACAUCAGAAAGAAGUGAAAAAAGAAUAUGUGACGUUUUAUACUUUUAAAGGAGUUGAUGAAGGUCAUACAUUACAGUUCUUGUUGACUGUACAUGUAGAAUAGAGUAUAUACAUUCAAGUUUUAUAUGUGAAUAGUUUGUGCUAUCAGAUUUGUAUUUGAAGUGGUAAUAUCUUAGCCAAUGAACCUUGCAGGUCAUACAUUACAGUUUCUUGCUGACCAUACACAUAGAAUAGAAUAUACACAUUUAAGUUUUAUAUGUGAAUAGUGGUGCUUUCAAGAUCUGAAUUUGAAGUGGUGAUACCUAAGCCAACGAAUCCUGAAGUUCAUAAGUUACAGUUUCUUGUUGUCUGUACAUGUAGAAUAGAAUAUAUACAUUUAAGUUUUAUAUUUAAGUUUUAUAUGUGAAUAGUGGUGCUUUCAGGAUCUGCAUUUGAAGUGGCAUUACCUCAACCGAUGAGGGUAGUACGUUGUGUACCAUGGUUAAAAAAUAUACUUAGAAGUUUCUUCCGAUAAAAAUAUCAGCUGUUGUCAAUCUCAUUAAAAUACGGAUGCUGUGUCCAUGCUUUGCUUACAAAGAUCUGACAGCGCUCAGUUCUGCUUUCUGUUAUAAAGAUUUCCAAAUUCCCUGGUUUUGUUGUAAGGAUACUCAAUUUAGAAUAUUGUAAGCAGGUCUUUCAUUGGCUGUUCACACCUUUAAACAUGUGUAAGCAGGUCUUUCAUUGGCUGAUGUAAUAAUUACCAGAACAGAAAGUAGAAUUUCCUAUGAUCCUUGUAAGCAAAAAGUUGACACAGAAUCUGUAUAUUGACAGAUGUUAUGUAUGCA